AUGUCGGAGCGGCGAUCGGACGCGAGCAGCAGCCGUCACGAACGCAGCGAGCGCAAAGAGUAUAGUGAGCGCAUGCGUGACCAUGAUGAGCGCCGCAGUGAGCGCCGUGAGGACCGGCACCGCGACAGGGACCGCUACGACGACCGCCGCGAACGGCACGAACGGCACGAACGUCGCGAGCGGUCGGAGCGCGAACGCCCUCGGGACGACCGCCGCGAGCGGCACGACCGCGAACGCGCACACCGUUCGCGGUCGCGCUCGCCUCGGCGUGAUGGGCCGGGCGAGGCGCCGGCCGCGCAGCCGGGCCCCGUCUUUGAGCGCUCGGGGCUUCUUGCGAAAGAAAGCAACAGCAUGAAUGGCGUCGCGCUCAAGUACCACGAGCCGCCCGAGGCGCAGCGCCCAAAGUCGAGCUGGCGCAUGUUUGUCUUUAAAGAUGGCAAGGAAGUUGACAUGCUCGUGCUCGGCCGGCAGUCCUGCUACCUCUUUGGCCGCGACCGCACGGUCGCCGAUAUCCCCAUUGAGCACCCCUCGUGCUCGAAGCAGCACGCGGUGAUCCAGUUCCGCCAGGUCACAAAACGCAACGAGUUUGGUGACGAACGCCGCUACAUCCAGUACGUCUCUAUGCUCACCAGACCCUUUUUGAUUGAUCUUGACUCGGCGAACGGUUGUACGGUCAACAACGAAGAAGUGCCCAAGUCGCGCUACUAUGAAAUUCGCUCGGGCGACACGGUCCAGUUUGGCGCAAGCAGCCGCGAGUACGUCUUGCUGGACGAGGCGGCCGCGCCGUCAUAG